UCCAAACCCUCCAACAAGAAAACACGCUCCUCAAACAGCAGCUAGAAGCUACGAAUAAACGUACGACUACCCUCGAACAACGUAUCGAGCAACUUCUCAUGCAAGUGGAGCUGUUACUCCAGCACCAAGUUCAACGUCCUAAAGACCCGACCCCGGAGAGGAACCCCGAUGCCACACCACCCCUCACGCAAAUGGAGCUGCCAGCCCACCCCCAAAUUCAGCGCCCUCCAGGGCCGACCCUUGAUAGGGACCCCGAGGCCACACCACUUACCUCUCGCGCCCCUACGCCCGUUCCGACACAUAUUAGCCACCUUGAGCGCAUCAUCUACGAGAUGGGAGAACGCCUCAACAGCCGGUUGAUCGACCUCGAUCAGCGCAUCCACACCAUCGAAGAAGCAAAGCGACAGGCGCGCAAAAGGCCCAAACAGUGCACCUUACCCAGCACCUCCGGCGACACGUCCCCUCCCCUCCAAAUUGAUGAUGAUUAACCCCCCAUCGCCCAAAAACUCAUCCGCACCUCCACCCCCGCUGACCGUAUGGCAGUGGAACUGUCGCUCGUUUCGCAACAAGAAACCAUCGCUCACUCUCCUCGCCCUUCAACACUCGCCAGACCUCAUCGCCCUUCAAGAAACGAAUACGGACAACGUGUCGCUUCGGGGUUACACGACAUAUGCCACUGAUCCAACAUCCCGAACAGCCGUCCUUGUUCAAGCCACCCAAACCGCCCAAACGCACACUCUACCUACAACGAUAGAUUAUACUUUCGUCGAACUCCUACCCCGUAAAAAGACAGAACCCAGCCUGUACGUCCUUAACAUCUACAGUCCUCCAACACAGACUCUCUCGGCGAUUGACCGCCUUCUAAGAAUCGUCCGCCAACGAACCAGAGGCCACAAACUCGUGGUCCUCGGGGAUUUCAAUGCCCAGCAUACGGCCUGGGGUUACCCCAGAAACAACAAAAAGGGUACAAGCUUACAUGAAGCUACUCUACAAAAUCAACUCUACCUAUAUAACUCCCUCCACAUUCCCACUAGAAUUGGCAACAGCGUCUCGCAGGAUACGACCCCCGACCUGACGUUUACAUACAACAUCAAACAGGCUACAUGGUCGCGCCUGGACAAAACUCUGGGCAGUGACCAUUACAUAAUACAGCUCCAAAUCCCACACCAAAGGACCAGGAGCCAAAAAAUUGGCACGGCACGCAUCACCAAUUGGAAAAAUUUCCGAGAAGCAACUCCCACCGGUCCCAUCAUAAGCCUCGAGGAUUGGACUACCCAGCUCCUUGAGAAGGCACGGGAAAACACCAAGGAACUUUCCCUUACGGAGGACAAUCCCGCCAUCGACGCCCAUCUCCUCCACCUCUGGGACGCCCGCAACGGGCUGCUCAGACGAUGGAGGAAAAACAAGACAAACCGCAAACUGAAGACCCGCAUUGCAAAACUAACGGCAGAAGCGGAAACAUACGCCCUCCAACUUAGCCAAUUAAACUGGAUGCAACUUUGUAACAAAAUCCAAGGAACGCUGGGGACCCGUCGAACUUGGCACCUGCUACGCUCCCUGUUGGGGACCGGCGAGUCCAAGGCGGUCACGACCCACCAACUCCGCCGAUUAAUUCACAACCACCCGGCCCGGCGACUAGCACGAGCCAACACCCACGCCAAACUAUACCCACCAUCACCAUGCACACUAUACACUGAUGCCACACCCUACUCUCACAAACCUGCACACUGUGUAACUGUUCGGGGCCAACAGCCACCACCAAACGUCACGGCGGCCACCAUCCUCCCUACGAACACAACCACGGCGGAGGGAACGGCCAUUGCCUUUGCGCUCGCCCAGAGCCCCACCCCCCAAUUCGUCCUAUCUGACCCUCAGCAGGCCAUCAGCAACUUUAUUCGCGGCAAUAUCUCCCCCAUGGCGUUCCAAAUUCUCACCAACAACCCUCCAUCCGACACCGUGACCCUGCUGUGGACACCAACCCACACAGGCGUAGACGCUAAUGAGAUGGUGCACGAUCGUGCUCGCGAACUUAUCGACCGAGCCGCCAUUUCAACUACGCCUACACGCGAUGCCCCUGCAGACAAGCCUAUCUCGCUCCUGUAA